ACUCAGUCGGUGUAUAUAUAGGCGGCCGGAGCCGAUGGAGUGGUACAGUUUUGUCGCGGAGCUCAACAAUGAGGACAUUCGUGGUAGUCUCAUGCCUGGUGGCUGCGGCCGUGGCCCAGUUCUCCCAAUCCCAGCCACUGAGGGAGGUCCAACACUUCCAGGCAAUCAGUCAACCCCACCUCCCCCAGGACACCAACGUGCUUCAUGCCACACAGCAAUUCCUCAACAAGUUUGCUGAGUUGAAGGCUCUGGCUGACGCCGCCCCAGAUCCAACCCCCGCCCAGUCCCAGCAGUUCGCUCCCCAGCAACAGUUCGCAUCCUCUCCCCACCGCUUCGCCCCCCAGCAGCCUUCCCAGCCACCACCACCCCACCCCGCCAACCAGGAGUUCGACGUCACUGCCGAAAUCGGAGGCCUCCUCGCCCGCCACCACGCCGCUAACCCCACCCCAGCCCCACCCCCACAGCAGCCCCGACGUGCCCCAGUUCAGCAGCACGCCCCAGUCCAGCAACGCGCCCCUUCUUUCCCCACCUUCAACGUCCAGAACAGUUUCGCCCCCCAACCACAGGCUCAGCCACAACCCCAGUUCGUGCAGGCUAGCGCUCAGCCAGUGGACCCCAACGUCCCCACCCACAACGCCCACGGUCAGCUGAUCAACCCCAAGAGGUUCCCAGGACCUCUGGCUCACACCGUACCAGCUGGUGUUGCCGGCAGGGUAGAGCCAACUGCCUUCACUCCCGAAGUGUCUGCUGCUCAUCGCGCCCUCGCCAGCGCCCACGCCAACAUCCUGCAGCUGCAGGCAGCUCAACCCCGCGUUCAGUAAACUGUAGCAGAGUUACAUUCAAGAGUGGCAGCAGCCCUCCUCACUGACAGCCAUAGUAGUAACCGGAUGCCCAGAUGUCGUUCUCGAAGUCCAAAACAAGACUUGGGAUCACAGAGCAGGCAUCUUCACAGUGAAGUCCUGUUCUCGAAGUCCGAGACCCGAUCUUCAGACCAACUGUGAAGUCGUCUGUUUUUUUUGUUUUUUUCCACGAGUGACCCUUUUGGGCCGAAGAGAACCACCCCUAGGCAUUCGACCGAAUGUCAAGCUAUAGUCGUAGAUCUUCAGGAUUUUCUAGUCGAAAGAAACGUUUCCUGACUCCGCCAUCAACUCCCCCCGGAAGUGACUGACGCCCAUCGUGUAUAAAGCUUAUGCAAAUAACUCCUUUCUCCUCUCUUUUCUGAAUGCAAUAUGAAGUAUUUAUAAAUAUUUUUUAUAAAAAAAAAAUGGUGAAUGUUUGCAUGAAUAAUAUCUCAUUAUCUCAUCUUUUUAUUUCUCGCCUCCUGAAGGCGAUGAGAUUACGUAAAAUUGUAAAUAUAAAAUAUUAAAAUAUGAAGUAAAUAAUUUUAUAUUCAUUAAGGAUAAAAAA